AUGCCAUGUAUGUAUUUUUCAAGGAUAUAUAGUAAUCCUAUCACACCGAUGAUCCAGAGAGCAGAUAUGUUAGGGCAAAUGCCCAAUUAUAUGAUAGGGUACGGAACAACAACGAACAAAAUACAAGGUUCUUUUUGGAUACCCAAUUCUUAA